AUGUACAGACAAGGAAUUGGCAUCUUGUUCGCCUUGGAGAAAGCUAUAUCGAGAUUCGACGAGACCAAUCAAGACUUUAUCAUCCAUUCUCUUCAGAAACUGCACUCCCGCCUGAUCGGCCUAUUCAACCGCUUUGUGGAUGAGCAGAUUCGUGGCAUCGAAGACACCAAGGUCAAGAUAAAUAAGCGGAAGGGGGUCAUUUCGUUCAUGCGAGUCUUCCCCCAUUUCUCGGUGGCCGUGGAGAACAUGCUUUCCCAACCGGCACCGGAGCUCUGCGAUAUCCGAAUCAGUGUCAACGAGGCCUACAAUCGUAUCAACCAGGCCAUGUGGGAGUCUCUGAAGUUCAUCGCCAAGGAGGCACCAGGGCAACCCACCGGAGCCGCCGCCGCAUCAGGCGACCCGGAGGAUAAGGAGAUUCUCAAUUAUCAUAUUCUUCUGAUCGAAAACAUGAACCACUACAUCGAGGAGGUGGAUGUCCGAGGGCUUCCCGUGCUAGAAAAAUGGCGCGACCGAGCGCAUCAAGAUUUCCAGGAACACAUGAAGCUCUACCUGGACUCAGUGAUUCACCGACCCUUGGGCAAGCUGCUGGAAUUUGUGGAGUCUGCUGAAGGGUUAAUGGCGGCGAGCAGUGACCGAACGGGCAUUGCCAGCCGCCCUAGCCACUCCCGGUCGGUGGCAAAGAAGGUGUUGGGCACGUACGAUAUCAAGGAGGUUCGGCGAGGGAUUGAAUUGCUCAAGAAACGAGUCGAGAAGCACUUUGGAGACGCCGACGAUCCCGGACUCAGCCGAAGCCUGGUGCUGAAGGUGAUUCGGGCAUGCGAAGGCCGCUACCAGGAGGCUCACGACCGCACUCGACGGGUUCUCACUGCGGUGUACGAGGGACAGUUGGACCUGGAAUGGAACAAGGAGGACCUGAUGACAAUGUUUAGGAAGUAG